AUGACGACUCGCCCCGGUGACGGCGGCGGCGGCGGCGGCGGAGACGCCGACAAGCAGAUGGUGCCCGUGGCCACCACCGCCAACGGCAACGGCACGACGGCUCUUGCGGUGCGCAAGGCCCCCUCCAAGGACCGCCACAGCAAGGUGGACGGGCGCGGGCGCCGCAUCCGGAUGCCCAUCAUCUGCGCGGCGCGCGUCUUCCAGCUCACCCGCGAGCUCGGCCACAAGUCCGACGGCCAGACCAUCGAGUGGCUGCUCCGCCAGGCCGAGCCCUCCAUCGUCGCCGCCACGGGUUCCGGCACCGUCCCGGCCUCCUUCUCCACCUCCUCCCCCUCCUCCUCCUCCUCCAACGCGCACGCGCACGCGCUGCACCACCACCAGCACCAGAUGCUCCCGCACGCCGCGCCCUUCAUCCUCGGCAAGCGGGCCCGCGGGGCCGACGACGAGGAGGGAGCGGUCAACGUCGCGUCCAUGGGCCCCACCCCAGGUUUCUGGGCGCUGCCGGCGAGGGACUUGGGCCAGCUGUGGAGCUUCGCGCCGCAGCAGGAGUUGAUGGUGUCGGCUGCGCCACCGCCCAUGUCGGGCGAGGCGUCCGCGGCCCGGGUCGGCAACUACCUCCCCAUGGCGCAGGCCAACCUCAACCUGCUCGCCUCCUUCUCCGGCGGACCCGCCGGGGCAGCCACGCCUGGGCGGGCCGAGGAGGAGACCACCGCACACUGAAUUGGUAAUGAUUGUCAGCAGCUGUGUAGGGUUUUAGCGCUAGGGUUUCCAAUUCUUCGUCGUCGGUAACGCUGCUGCUGCUGCUCGUCUGUGUGUCGGUCAACUGUCAGUUCAGGGUACAGGCUGCUUCCCGUGGUUUGCCUUUUGUUUUGCCUCUAGGAAGAGGAUGGCUGGAUUAUUGCUGCUGCUGCUGCUGCUUAAAUUAAGGAGUUCAUCAGACAUGGUCGUGUGGUCAGUCCAGUAGUUUAGGUCUCCUCAGGUGUUCAGUCAGAUUGUCAGUCAGUAAGUAUCGAUGCUGUCAAAUGUAGUUUCCUUUCACUGUUAAUUCCAAGGAGGAACAACAAGGAAGGUUUGCUUGCACAUCAAGGCUGACAAGGGAAUGGAUUUGCUUGCCCCUCUUGUAAGUCGUUUCGCCUCUUCAUCUGCUGCUCUGCUUCUUAGGUCUCUUGUUCAGAUUUUUCCUCCUUUUGGCUUUAGCUGGAUUGAAUUAGUGUUUUGGGUUCAAUAAGGAAGUGAUUGUUUUUGUAGCUCCUGUAUGUAGUACAUCUAUGAAAUUUUUUCAUGUCAGUUUAUCAUCAUCUUGAA